CGCCGCCGGCAGUUCCAAGCCGAACAUCGCGCCGAUCGCACGCGCCGCCGCCAGCGUGCCCCAGUGUCUGAGUGCAGUGUCGAGUGUGUGUGCCAGUGUGCUCGAGCCGGGAGCUGUGCGACGGUCGCCACCACGUGGCGGCAUGCGGCAGGCGCGCGCGCCCCGGCGGCGCCCUGCGCUGCGCUGACCCGAUGCGCCGAGUGCAGUCCGCGCGGCACCUGCCGCUGCUGCUCGCCCUCGCCCUCGCCUGCCUGCUGCGACGUGCGGCGGGGGCGGGCGUGUUCGAGCUGCAGAUCCUCGAGUUCUCCAACUACCGGCUGGAGACGGCGUCGGGCGCGUGCUGCGGCAGCGGCGCGGGGGCGGCGGAGGCGGGCGCGGGGGGGCCGUGCGUGCACCCGUGCCCCACGCGCUUCGAGCUGUGCCUCAAGGAGUACCAGUCGGCGGCGGCGCCCGGCGCCUGCUCCUUCGGCCGCGCCGCCUCGCCCGUCCUCGGCACCGACUCCUUCACCCUCGCCGAGCCGCUCUACACGCUCGCGCUGCCCUUUUCCUUUCGUUGGACGCGCUCGUUUACACUGAUACUCCAGGCGUACGACGAUCACCAGUACACGGACCCGGAGGCGGGGCUGAUCGAGGAGGCGUGGUGGUCGGGCAUCGUGGAGCCGGGCGCGGAGUGGCACGCGCUGCGGCACGCGGGCGCCGCGGCCGCCGUCGCGUACCGCGUGCGCGUGCUCUGCCAGCCCAACUACUACAACACCACGUGCACCACCUUCUGCCGGCCGCGCGACGACAAGUUCGGACACUACUCCUGCUCGGCCGACGGCGACAAGCGCUGCCUCGCCGGCUGGCACGGCGACAACUGCGAGAAACCUGUAUGCAAAGAGGGCUGCCAUCCAACACACGGCCGGUGCGACCGACCUGGAGACUGCGACUGCCGACCGGGAUGGCGCGGUGAACUGUGCUCCCAGUGCCAGCCGUACCCUGGCUGCAAACACGGCUACUGCAACGGCUCCUCCUGGGAUUGUACUUGCGACACCAAUUGGGGCGGCAUCCUGUGUGAUCAAGAUUUGAACUACUGCGGCACGCACGAGCCGUGCCAGCACGGCGGCACGUGCGAGAACACGGCGCCGGACCAGUACCUGUGCACGUGCGCCGAGGGCUUCUCGGGCGUGGACUGCGAGCGCGUGGACAACCCGUGCGCGCCGCAGCCGUGCGCGCACGGCGCGUGCUCGCUGGCGGCCGCGCCGCGCGGCUUCGCGUGCGCGUGCGAGCCCGGCUGGGCCGGCGUGCUGUGCGACCGCGACGAGGACGACUGCGGCAGCGCGCCCUGCCUGCACGCCGCCACCUGCCGCGACCGCCUCAACGGCUACACGUGCGAGUGCGCGCCCGGCUGGUCCGGACCCACCUGCUCCGAUGAUGUGGAUGAGUGCGCGACGAGCGGUGCAGCGGAGGGCGCGCUCGGUCCGUGCAUAAACGCGGCGUCGUGCAACAACACGGGCGGUGGGUACACGUGCACGUGCCUAGCCGGCUGGACCGGCCGGGACUGCGAAACCAACGUAGACGACUGCACGGGCCAGUGCCUCAACGGCGCCACCUGUAUAGACCUCGUGGACGACUUCCACUGCGCGUGCGCGGCGGGUUACGCGGGUCGCACGUGCGCGCGCGACAUCGACGACUGCGCCUCUCGCCCCUGCCGGAACGGGGGCGAAUGCGUAGACUUGCUCGAUGCCUAUCGGUGCAUCUGUCCCGUCGGCUUCUCUGGCACUGACUGUGAGCUGUCCUCCUGUUUUGGACGCUACUGUCCGGAUGACCGCGACCACUGCGCGGGAUCACCAUGUGCUAACGGCGCCGCGUGCUACACCGCGCAGAGCGACUACUACUGCCACUGUGCGCCCGGCUGGACCGGCAAGAACUGCACUCAACGAGCUGCCAGAGAUCGAGCGGACGAUUGCACGGUGCACGGGUGUGGAGCGGGCGGCAGUUGUGUCGAGCUGGCGGGCGUCGCGCGGUGCGUCUGCCGGGAGGGACUAACCGGGGCUAGGUGUGAACGUGAGAUUAAUAAGUGUGCUGCGAACCCCUGUCACAACAACGCAACGUGUAUAGAUGGACCUGCCGAUUUCGCCUGCGCCUGCCAUGAAGGUUGGACCGGAAAAACGUGUGCAGUACAUUUGGAUAUGAACGAUAGGUGCUUCGACAACUCGUGCGCCAACGGUGGUACGUGCAUCAUGGACGGCGACCGUCGUCGCUGCGCCUGCGCCGCGGGCUGGGCGGGCGCCGCAUGCGACACACCAUCCGCCGCGCCGCCCGCCGACGGCGCGCCCGCCGCCCCGCUGGCGCCCUCCGCGCUCGCCUGCACGUGCGCGGCCACCGGUUCCUGCGUGCCCACCGCCGCGCAGGGCUGGACCUGCAUCUGCCGCGAGGGAUGGACGGGCGCCCGGUGCGAGCGCGCCGUUGACGGCUGCGCGUCGGCGCCAUGUCGAAACGGCGGCCGGUGCGUCGGCGGCGCCGGCUGGUGGACGUGCGAGUGCGCGGCCGGCUGGACGGGGGACGACUGCUCGGCGCGCGCGGCGCCGCCGGCCGAGUGCGCGCCGCCGUGCCCGCCGCCCGCCACCUGCGCCGUCGACGCCGUGCGCGGCUCUCGCUGCAUCUGUCCGUCCCCACCGAAUAGGGCGGCACGCCGCUGUCUAGAACUUAUCGCGGGACUCGGAGUAGACGGGGUCGACGGUGAUGGCGGCGACGGGGUCGAGGGCGGAGGGGAGGACGGACCGGGCACUUGCGGCUCAGACAACGGUACCUGGUGGUGGGGGUGCAACGCCUGCUGGUGCUCGGACGGAGUUCCCACUUGCACUCGCCUGUGGUGCGGUCUGCCUGACUGCUUGGCGCUAAAUACCCAGCCUUGCCGAACAGACGAGGUGUGCGUGCCGGCGGCGCCGGCGCUGUGCCUGCGCGCGGCGUGCGCGCCGCUGGGCGAGUGCCGGCGCGUGGCGGGGCGGCGCGUGGAGGCGCCCGCGCUGCCCGCGCCGGCGGCGUGCUGGCGCGCGCGCGCGCCGCCGCCGCCGGGCUGCGCGCGCGCCGCGCUGCAGCUGGCGCGCGCGCGGCUGGCGCGCGGCGCGCACGUCGAGCGCGCGUGCGCCGCGCUGCGCCGCGCGCUCGCCGCCGCGCUCGCCGCCACGCUGGCCGCGCGCCGCCCGCCCGCGCCGCCGCUCGUGCUGCUCUGCGACCUCGCGCCCGACCACGACGACGCGCUCGACCUCGCGCUGUGGGUCGGCGACGAGGACAGCUCGGAAGGCGAGGGCGACCCGGAGGCGCUGGGCGCGGCGGUACGCGCGCUGAGCGAGCUGGUGGCGCGGCGCCGCCUGGCGCACCACGCGCUGCUCGGCGCCGCGCUGCGCCUGCGCCUGCCACCCGCGCCGCCCGCGCCGCCCGCGCCCGCCGCGCCGCCGCCCGCCGCGCCCGCGCCCGCGCCCGCCACGCUGCUCGCGCUCGGCGCCGCCGUGGCGCUGCUGCUGCUGGCCGCCGUGGGCGGCGCGGCGCUGUUCGUGCGCCGCAGGCGCGCCGCCGCCGCCGCCGCCGCCGCCGCGGAGCGCUCGCGCCGCUGCGACGAGGAGAAGUCCAACAACCUGCAGAACGAGGAGAACCUGCGGCGGUACGCGAACCCGCUGCGCGAGGAGCCGCGCGCGCGGCGGCCGGCCGACGAGCUGCCGCGCGCGCACUCGCUGUACAAGGCGCACAACGCGGACGCGCGCAACGACACGCCGCCGCGGGACAAGGAGCUCACCAAGCGCGCGCUGCCGCCGCCCGAGCCGCCGCCGCCGCGCCUCGCGCCGCCCGAGCGGCUCACCGUGCUCGUGUGAUACUAACGUAGCUUAGCCUAGGCUCUACCGGCCCCCGCCGCUAUUUAUUGCAUUGCAGUGAUGUCGCGUUAUGUAAAUAUGUAUUUUUGUAAAUAAUGUUAAAGAGUGUAUUUUUGUACGUUUUAUUGAGAGGUUAAUUGAGAACGCGAUUUUUUUUUAUUUUUGUAAAGGUUGUAAAGUUAAUAAAAAAAAAAUGAUCGUUUUAAUAAAACGCUGCCAACUU